GCGCACGCCUUGCCCAUUGUGGCAUUGCCAAUCUGGGAAUCCGCCUUCCCUUUAAAAUCCCCUAAAAAGCAACGACUCUAAACCGAAACUUCAACAUCCGUGGGAACGUUUUGCAGGGAGGAAACCCAGUGCCGAGGAGACCUCUUUCCGGCACAGCUUUGGCUGGCCGGGGUGGGGCGCAAGGCUCGCAUUGCACACAGGAAGCAAAACAUUUGCAGCGACAGGAAGCGAGCAAAAGAGCGAGCAAGCCCGGGCAACGUUGCUUGGUUUUGCACGCAAAACCUUUGCAGCCGCCGAGUCCGGAGAUGGGCCAUGUGGCCGUGGCAGCCGCUCUGUCUCCGGCUCCUGCGGGCCUCCCGGCGCGUCCCAGGGACUCAGCCGGCUUUGGGGUACAGCAGCUGGAAGGCCAGGCAGAGCUCGCCUGCGCAGAUGGACGAGCGUGACCGGUGCACGACUGUCUGCCACGAGGACGCCGCCGCCGCCAAUAAACACCUGGCAAACAGAGGAGAGAAAAAGACUGUUAUCUGCAUUGAGGGGAACAUUGCAAGCGGAAAAACAACAUGCCUGGAGCAUUUUGCCAAAAACUCUAGCAUUGAGGUGUUGACUGAGCCGGUGUUUAAGUGGAGGAAUGUUCGUGGUCAUAACCCUCUGGGCUUAAUGUACCAAGAUGCAUCACGAUGGGGCAUGACAUUACAGACUUAUGUGCAGCUUACCAUGUUGGACCAGCACACGAGGCCGAUGACGUUGCCAGUGAGAAUGAUGGAGAGAUCAAUUCACAGCGCAAAGCACAUCUUUGUAGAAAACCUUUAUCGAAGUGGGAAAAUGCCAGAAGUGGAUUAUGCAGUACUGACAGAAUGGUUUGAGUGGAUCCUCAAGAAUUUGGAUGUUUCAGUGGAUUUGAUAGUUUAUCUGCAGACGUCUCCUGAGACUUGUUACGACAGGCUGAAAAGGAGGUGCAGAGAAGAGGAAAAGGUCAUUCCUAUGCAAUAUUUGGAAGCUAUUCAUCAACUCUACGAAGAGUGGCUCAUAAAACAAACCCUGUUUAAAGUUGCUGCUCCUGUGCUUGUACUUCCGGCUGACCAAGACACACGAACUAUGAUUGAGAAAUAUGAAGAAAACCGGGACCGAAUCUUAACUUCCUGCAACGGGCAGCAGUGCUUGUAGAAACGCUUUCACCUCGUUGUGUCUUUUGUUUGUAGAACUGAGCAUUAAGGUCGUAACUUAGAGCUCUGCGGCAAACUGCAUAUAUGACGGGUCUUCUGUCAUCUCCUUUCUGCGUACCUUUUCUUUGGUGGGCUUUUGCAACUUGAAGGAGCUUCAGAAGUGGUUUGCAAGGAGGUGGUGUUGAAUUGAGAUGCACCACUGAUUGAAUGCAAGGCCUUGAGUGUAUCUCUAGAGUGCAGCCUAAAAUCAGAAUCUGUAUCUUUUUGCCUGGAUCCCUGAAUUUCCUUUCCCUGCCAGAUGAACUCCAUACCUCGUGUCCCCAUGUUGCCUUGGUAACUUUUCCAAGCAAUGUUAGAUUUUAAGUGUGAAGAGUUUCCACAGAAAAAAAUGAAACCUGCUAUCUCUGAAAUAUGUCUGACCCUUCCUGUCUGAGGUGUAUUGCAGAGAGUUCUUUCAGUUCCUCAACUGGUUUGUGGACUUGGGUCAGUUAAAAGCACAGCUCUGAGGGUCACUCACUUGGGUGACUUCUAUGAAUGGACAUGAAGAGAAUAUGUUGGCAGGCUGUUGUACACUUUUCCGAAUAACGAUUGUGUAGGCUGCAAUAUUUAACAGAUAUUUUUCAUGUAUAAAGUAUAGUUUAUCUUGAACGAGAGACUAGAGACUUAAAAAAGCAGAUUUCAUUCUGAUGCUAUAUUUAUCCCAAUAUGCUGUUAUUUUACUUCACUGUUUCAUGGACAACUUUCUAAAAGGUUCAUGUGAAAUAUAGCAUGUUCAGAUCCUGUUUGUAUAUAAUCCCGAAGAAGAUGAAGUAGUUAUUUUUUUAAAAGGUUGAAAACUAAUGGUUGUGUGAACAAAGGAUUUUGUAUUUUUUAUUCAAAAUGGCCUGCAGUUCUCUUACCAUUCAAAUAUCUAGAUAUUACACAAAACCUGAAGGAGAACAAAUGCACCCUUUCAACAGCUCUCCUACUUACCUGAAUGAAAGACUGCUCUCCGCCUCCACCACAGUAAUAGGAAAUUGUCUACUUUGUUUGCAAAUUACAGGUGUGAACAGUUUAUUUAAUUAAUUUAUUAAAAACCUUUAUGUGCCAUUUUUCCACCCACUUAUAGUCCUUUUUCAAGCAAAAUAGGGCACUUUUAUGACCAGAUUCACACUCAGAUGUUGCAGAGUAUGUGCUAAGAACAUGUCUGUACUUCCUUCUUGCUGCCAGAUUGGUGUUGCUGUGGCAACCAUCCCAUCCUGCCAUUUACCAUUGAGUACAACUCUUUGGCUGCAAUUCAGAGGCGAGGCUGAAGCCACACUGUAAUGGGAGAAUUGUGCCAGUGCCAGUGCCACCAACUCCGCACAAAGUGGUAUGGACGCUUGCUCAGAGGGGCAUACCUUGGCAGCGGAGUUCUGUGUGACUCCAUGAUGCUGGAACCUGGAAGUUUCCCUCCACACCAUUGCUUCUGUGCCACAGGAGGCUGCAGUGGCAUGGAAGGUGGGGGGGGGGAGGGUUUCCCAGGGUCGAACCAACUUUGUAGUCGGCUCCCAAAGGAGUUUCGGACCGGGAAUGCCCCCCUUCAGCAGUGUAGACUUCAGCCACCAAAAAGGGUGGAGUAAAUCAUAAGCCUGCAUGGGCUUUGCCAGGAGAGAAAAAGAAUUUGUCCUUUCCUGGCGCCCAUGUUGCCAAUUGUCUCUUGUCAUGCCCAGCUGCCAGUCUCCUGUCCCGUCCCCCUCCCCCACCUUUGGAUUGGGCUGUCCUCUCUGAUUUGGCCCCUCUGGUAUAAUGUGAAUCUGUAGCAAAAACAUUGCUGAAAAUGUUCUUUUAGAAUUUAGCCUUUUAUUGACAUUCCAGACUUUGCCACCAGUAUGUGCUCGAAUUUAAAUAAUCUCAGCGUAAAUAAUUCCAGGCCCAAACAUGUAUAUGUGAGGCAAACGAUAGAUGUUGCUCGACUUCUUGCAAUGUGUUCGUUCUGGAACAGAUGAUCUUAUGUAAUGUGUGAACCUUAACUUUUUAGAGAAUUCAUUAAAAGUGUCCUGUACUUAAUGAGACAGCAGACUGUCAGGGUGAAGAAGAAAAGAGAAUAUAUUAUCGCAAAAGCAUUUUUACACUCCUUUUCUCUCACUGCUUCAUUAAAUUUCUGCUGCUGUGUAAAGACAUCUAGUUGCUCACUCUCUUGAGUACUGAUACUCAGAUUAAAUUGAGCUGUUUUUAAA